AUGUCGUCCAUGGAUUGUUUAAGCCACUUCUUUAACUGGGAUCAACCUAUCCAGCUCCAGGAUUGCUUUAUUCCUGAUAUGGAUAUGAUUAUCCCAGAAACCGCCAGUUUCUUCUUCCAAUCUCAACCGCAAUUGCAGUUUGACCAGCCAUUGUUUCAAGAAGAAGCUCCUUCACAACGCUUGUUAGAGCUCACUCACUUUGACGCUUUCUGCGACCAGUUCCUUCCUUCACAAGAAAUCUUUCUUCCUUACCCUAAAGCUGAAACAUUCGACGAGUCACACAACAUGGAUUCCCUCCUUCCCACGUCAAAACGCCAGAAACUCUUUAACUCAAGCUACCAUUGGAACACUCACAACCAUUUCCCAAGCCCUAACAUUGAUUUCGUUCCAGAAGCUUUCAUCUUCCCGGAGUUUACGGUUCCGGAUUUCCCCUUAGUGUUCGAGGCAGGGCGAGGAGAUCAAGAAAGCACCAAGAAACCAACGCUUUCAUCUCAGAGCAUCGCGGCUCGAGAGAGGAGAAGAAGAAUUGCGGACAAGACUCAGGAGCUCACGAAACUCAUCCCUGGUGGUCAGAAACUUAACACCGCCGAGAUGUUCCAAGCCGCUGCUAAGUAUGUCAAGUUCUUGCAAAGCCAAGUUGGGAUUCUCCAAAUGAUGCAGACCGCAAAGAAGACGCAGGGUAUCUCUGAUGCGGAAAUAGAAACUCAGGUUUUGCUUGGAUCACAAGCAAUCCAGGAGAAGCUAUCAACGGAGGAAGUAUGUUUGGUUCCGUGUCAAAUGGUUCGAGAGCUAACAAGUGAAGAAUCCAUUUUGGAGAAACCCUAAGAUUUCUUGUGAGAUCACCAAGCUACUGUCUACAGAUCUGGCUAAUCAGUUUUAGCUUCAAGCCUGAAAUUCUCAAGUCUCAGUGCCACUAUUUGUCUAUGUUCUUGCUUAUUUGUGUUCUUAGUUUGUGUUUUGUAUUGAUGGUUAGUGGCUAA